AUUAUUCCACUUCUGGAACGUUUUAAGAAGCUCAAGUCUGAUUGGCUGCUGGACAUUCACUUGUACAGUCACACUGAUGAACUCUACACUCUGAUUCGUCGUAACGCGAUGGUCCAUUAUACACUUCCUUUCUGUUCUACUCGUCUGAGUACAAUGGCUGAUGCCUUCAAUACUAGCGUUUCUGAGUUGGAGAAAGAUCUUGUAGCUUUGAUUACUGAUAAUCAGAUCCAGGCUCGAAUAGAUUCACAGAAUAAAACUCUCCAUGUAAGGCAUGAUGAGAAUCGAAGGAAUGCAACAUUUCGAAGUGUACUGGAGACAGGGAAGGGGUUCAUUAGGGAUGUGACUGCCAUGCUUCGUAGAGCCAGUUUGCUUGAACACGAGCACAAUUAGAGAUCAUGUCAUUUUUUGGGAGUUGCGACUCUGAACUUGUGGGUGAAAAUUAUCCGUACAGUUAAGAAACUUUUACCUUGUUAUGGUGGUUUUUUUGUACAUUGAUGUACAUACCCAAAUGGAUACCCGUCUCCAAGCUGAAUUUCAUAGCAUAGAUGGGAUAAGAUUGUGCAGUAUUUGGAGAGGUUAUGUCCUACA